CUUCAAAUUAAACGACAAAAAAUCACCAAACAGCAAAUACUAAUGUCAAUUGUUUUCUUUUCUUAGAUAAAUGCAAAUUCUCUCUCUUUCUUGAAUAUAAUACUUCCGGAAUCAUGUCAGAGGAAAGCAAGUAUGAAGUUUUGGAGAAGAUAGGUAAGUCUUCAAAAACUGAAAAUACUGAGGUGGUUCACAUCCAAUGUUUUUGUUCCUCCGUUGCGCCGACUGUGAUUGAGUGAAGCAAAGCUAAUAUAAUCUCUUGAUUGUGUAGGACAUGGUUCGUUUGGUAUCAUUCGAAAGGUGCGAAGAAAGAAUAAUGGAGAAAUCUUAUGUCGGAAAGAGAUCAACUAUAUGCGGAUGUCACAAAAAGAGCGAGAACAAUUACAAGCCGAAUUCGCCAUUCUUUCUUCACUUAAGCACCCAAACAUUGUUGGGUAUUAUCACCGAGAGCAUCUGAAGUCCAGUCAAGACCUUCAUCUAUACAUGGAAUAUUGUGGAAAUGGAGAUCUUGGCAAAAUAAUCAAGGAUUUACAAGCAAGGAACAAAUAUGCCGAAGAAGGUUUCGUUUGGAGUAUAUUUGCACAAUUGGUUUCGGCCUUGUACAGAUGUCAUUAUGGAGUCGAUCCGCCAGAAGUAGGAAGUAAUGUUAUGGGAUUGGGAAAUACCGCCAAACCACAAAAGCCAGCGCCUGGUGUCAUGAUUUUACAUCGGGACUUGAAACCGGAGAACAGUGAGUCCUUAUCUAUAAAUUGUUCUGAAUCCUGCUAACAUUUCCAGUCUUUCUUGGUGAAGGUAAUUCGGUAAAGCUCGGUGAUUUUGGUCUUUCAAAAUUAAUGGAAUCUCACGAUUUCGCUUCUACAUAUGUUGGAACUCCAUUCUACAUGUCCCCGGAGAUCUGUGCCGCCGAAAGAUAUACAUUGAAGUCAGAUAUUUGGUCUUUAGGAUGCAUCAUGUACGAGCUUUGUACACGGGAAGUCCCCUUCAACGCAAAAUCACAUUUCCAGCUGGUGCAAAAGAUCAAAGAGGGUAAAGUCACACCAAUACCAAGUAUUUAUUCGCCAGAACUUGCAUCCGUUAUCAAAGACUGCCUCAGAGUCAACCCCGAUCGACGAGUCGACACGGUCACAUUACUCAACCUUCCGGUCGUAAAGCUGAUGAGGAAAGAAAAAGAAGUUGUAGAGCUCGGCAGACUUUUGAGAACGAAAGAAGAAAUGGCAGCUAAACAAUUCAAGGAGCUUGAAGAGAGGGCAGAAAAGCUUGAGGCCCAAAAGGCUGCUAUGCGGGCAGAGAUUGAUUCAUCAUUACGUAGAGAAUGGGAGGUAAAAGCACAAUUGGAGAUCAAUCGUUUAGUACAAAUAGAAGUGGAAAAUCUGCAGAAACAAUUCGAGGAAGAGGUCCGCGUUCGAGUUGAAGAAGAAUUACAAAGAUCAGCUAACAGCUCUCGAUCAUCGAGUACAGACGAUGAUUCUGGCUCAAGCUCUCUUACCGCAAGAGAGUUAAGUUCGUCGCAGAAUUUUACGGACUACUCAAGAUCAUCUGUUGGUAGCACGGGCGAUGACUAUUCAACGACUACAGACUUCACCGAUCACACAAUGUCACCGGAGCCCAGCAAACCAUUAAAGAAAUCUACCCGAACACCAUUUUCUCGAGCACAAACAAUGUUCAAUGGGCACGGAACUCCAAUGGAUAUCGAAAUGGCCGAUCCUUCACCAAUUUCUAUUGCCUCCUUGUCACUUUCUCCACGUCGGAAUAAUACUACGAAAGCUCCUGGAACCAAUAGAAACAUCUUCGCCGCUGCAAACGCAAACGCUGAGAUCCGCUUACAACCUCUUCUUCUAGAUUCCGAUUCUGAUGAUGAGGAUGAUCUUCCAGUACCCUCACCUACACGACCAAAAUCUAAAGCCAAUCUGUUUGUCAAAGGUGCUACGAGGCCGCACCUCAUCUCGCAGCGUACAGUACCGUUGCAAAAAUUAAAUACUCAAGUAAAUUUGCCAGCAUCAAAGAAUCCUAACAUUGACUUAAGACAACCAAGUGGACUGUUCAGCAAGAAAGAACCGCAAAGUCCAGUAACUAAGAGACUUUCGAAGAUUCCCAGCAUGACGAAUCUAUCAAGCAAUGAUAUGGCAGCAAGUCCAACACGAAAGCCAAGUUUGACGAAGAAGUUAGGAUCGGAAGCAGACCUACACAAACAGGCGAUUAAGAACAAUACAAAGACAGGAGUUGCAACAAUGGUCGGACGAACUCUCGUCGAAUUAGCCCAAGCUCGUGCAGGCGGAAGACCAAUCGAAAUGAGUCCUAAUGGAAAGGGAAGAUCAUUCGGAGUGAGAAUGGUGGAGAAGGAGAAGGUUGAAGGAAGAUUGAGGGGUAGUAGAUCAAGUAUUGGUGAUAUGGAACCAACGGUGUGGAACCCUGAUAGGGAUGAAAUGCCAAGCCCAUUUUUGAUCAAGAAUAGAUAUGCAGGUGCUGCUGGGGGGCGUUCAAGAUAAUUUGAUUUCGACUUACUUUUGGUAUUCAAGUUGGAUUUAUCCGGGAUGAAGGAGGGCAUGUGACAAAAGUUGUCAAUCAAGUGGCGGUCAUAAUAACGAAACAAAGCCACAACUAGGACUUUUCUUUUGUAAACAUGGUUCAUGAGGAGUGGUAUGGUAUAUCAGGGUUGGAUUGGCGAUCAGAGUGAUAUACCGGUUAGGCGUUUUGUUUCGCAGAAUUCUCUUUUUUACAUAGCAUUUUUGUACUGUAUCAAGUGUACGGUAUUUCAUUCUGGGUUGAUUGGGGUAUGAUUAAAUUGGGUUUGGAUAAUGAUAGUGUGCUUGAGUUGGUCUUUUUUGGGAGCCGGUGAAGAGACGAUUGGAUUGAUGGGAGGAAUUAUAUGCAUGGAUAAAUGGUAUAUUCAGUAGUGUGUGGAGAUCCAAAGAUAUUUAUUCUG